AUGGAUCAAAGAACAGAAAUUGACUUGAAAGAAUCCGCAGCGAGUUUGACCAUGCAUGGAUUCGGAAUAUUGCUUUCGACCAAAUCAAAAGCAAUGAGAUGCAUCUGGUUGUUGCUAAUUCUUUUCUUCGUAUCACUUGUAAUUUUGACAGUGAUGCCAACAAUUCGGGGCUACUUCAAAAGCCCGUCUUUAACAAAAGAAGAAACUGUCAGGGUAUCAGAAAUGAAGAUUCCAGCUGUAACAGUAUGCGGGCCAAGCCUUAGUAAAGCUAAAGUCACAAAAUUUGCAAAAGAGAAAAACAUAACCGUUAAAUAUAACUGGCUUGGACGUAUAGACAACAUGGAUGACAUAUUAUGGAAAGCUUCCUCUCUAGAAGAUCUAGCAUAUGAUAACAACACCAUGUUUAUUAUCACCCCUGACAAACAUGACAUUGCCAUCGAAAGAGUACUUGUGGCCAACCAAGGUUAUUGCUACAAAGUAAAUGCGAAUGGAACUGCCAUACAAAAAUCGGUUAAUCUUGGGUUCACCUUCGAUAUUAUUUUAUUUGUAAAUUUAUCAAAUGGAGUACAAUUUAAUACCUCUCCAACAGACGCCGUUCAUGUUCUCAUACAAGAUCACAAACAAUUUCCGUCUCUGGAUUCUGGGAGAAUUCUUGCUCCAAUCGGCCAUCAGACUUUUAUUGAAAUGAAAAAGACCGAGAUUACGAGGCUUAAACCUCCUUACCCAUCAAAAUGCACAAAUGGCGAAAACAUGAAGCUGCUUUUCAAAGGUGAUUAUACAGUUAGCAACUGCAGAUUGUCUUGCCUCCUUAGCCAAGUUUCACAAAGAUGUUCUUAUAUAUUCGCUUGGCAUAGCCACCUUUUACCAAAAGCGAUGAGAAAGCAACUAUCAAGAAAUCAAAGCGAAGCUUCAUGCUCUUUGACAAUUACUGAAAAGCUCCUUGAUUCGAAUUACGCCUCCUGCAACUGCGAGCUACCGUGUACAGAAACGAAAUUUCGCAAGUAUUCAUCAACUGCAAAGAUGACAUCAGAGGACCCAAGGAUCCAUAAGCACAUCGUUGUAAUCAGCGUCUUUUUUGGGGGUAUGGAGUAUGAGAAAAUAACUGAACUUAAAAUGUAUACUACUGAAAGAUUCGUUGGAGAAAUUGGAGGCCAGAUGGGAAUAUGGAUUGGUGCAUCAAUUUUUUCUGUAUUUGAGCUGAUUUAUUUGUUAAUCCAGUUUAUUGAUUUUUUAUGCCGGAAGAAGAGAAGAAAAUCUUCUAACCUCGAAAAAGGGGUCGCAAAAGAAGUGAAUGAUUCUGUUUUUUGAAACGUUUUAGGAUACGCUGUUUUCCUAUUAAGGUUAGGGUAAACGUUUUUGACACGAUAUUUGGUUUUCUCUCCCUAAAAAUCAAACUAUUGAUGGAAUCAGAUUACACUAUACAUCAUUCGAUGCACAAAAACAUGGUGAUUCCAACCAUAAUUAUAUUAUAUUUUCCAGGCAAAUUAUUGCUUAAAUGAGUGUACCACCUUCAAAAGCUAGUUUGUACCCUUGCGUUUUAGGUAUCAAAAUCUGACUUAUAUCAGCAGAACGCGCAGAUCCUAAGCUACCAAAAUUUGUCUGAGAUUUUUCAAAUUCCUCCUCCCCUUGAAACUGUACCCUGUCAAAAAUUGGCAAACAAUUUUUCUUCCCUCUCAUAGCUGUAUUUGGCUAUAAAAGACGGACCAGAGCAAAUCCAAAAAUUUUGAGACACUGUUUGCUUACCCGACAUCUGUCCUGGCCGUGGGCAAAUUUUUGAGCCAUUCGAUUGACUUCUUGGGUACACAAUAGCUUUUUCUUACCUGUAUGUAGAGGAUUUGUGAGUUCGGAGAAAACGAGAUUUUACUGAUCUUGCUUGCAAGGUACACUCGUAAACAACGUAAUCCGGGUCAAGUCACUUGAAUCUUUAAGAUCAAUAAGCUUGUUUAAAUAAACACGGCCGUACAUGGGAUACAUGGAUGUGCCAUGCGAUAUUUUAAAUGAGACAUGCGACCACAACCACCGCAAAGCAACACUUAACAGGUCAAGAGAUUUUCAGGCCUCAACUAAAUGUUCUGAUAAAGAAAUUAUGGAAACCUUCGUUUACAUGGCAUUUUUUCCAUUUUCAAGAUUUCUGUUCGUUUCAAUUUUGGUAUCAUUGUGUGCCUUGAAAGUUCAGCUACUUGAAUGUGAGAUAAUCGAAAAAUGGAUGUUUUCAUCCAGAAAACGUUUACCGUAACCUUAACGUCAUAUGGUUCAUUUUGCGCAAUUCAAUCUGGGCUUGGUAGUCACGGCGCUACUCGCAAGCAGCAUUUAAGCCUAGCGCACACUAGCGAUUUUUGUCGCCAACGACGGCGAUUUUUGUCGCUGGCGACUAAAUAUUUUCCCCUGAACACUUGCGAUUUUUUCUGCCUUGGCCAAUGACUUUUGGUCUCCACCUCGUAAUGAGCCUCGAUAAAAAUGACCAGAAAUUAACAAUCAAAUUUUUCAUAACCCAUGCAUGUGCCUGGAAAUCCUCAAAAAUUACAGGAUGGGAAAAUUUAGACAAAAACAAUGAAAAAUAUUGCCAGCUUUGAUUUAACCAGGCCACAUCUAAUGGCAAAAAAUUAGGCCCAAAAUUGUGGAUUUAGCUUGGCCUAAAUUAAGCUACUUAUUUAAUUUUAUUCUCUUUUGUACUAUAAAGAACCGAACACAUGGGUUUUAUGCACAAUUUGUGUGUUAUCUGUUUUACUGUUAGUUGCUAGUAGUUAGUAAAACCUAGAUCGUUCGAGAUUUUUAGCUUUAUAGGCAACCCACGCUGCUGAAAGGAUAUAUUAAUAGAAGUGCAGUUGUUAGUUCAAUUAGAGAGAAAUCUUGUUCGUGUUUAUCCAAAUACGUUUACAAAUAAUUGAGAGCAGUAGUACCCGCUCGUGGCACUAAGAGCAUCAGCAAGCUCAGCCACGGCUGCAGCUUUUGCCGUCCUAUCGUCGUAUUGUCGAAAGGAUAUGGCGUACAGGCUGUAUUCUCGCAAGAAAAUCUGCCUUGUAAUCAAUGGGAUGUUUUUAAUGCAUCCCAAUUUCAUAUCAACCCUUUUACCGAAAGGUAUUUGUUGUGGAAUUAAGUUAUCUCUUGUUUCUUCAUGGUUUUACCCUCCUGUUAAGUUUCUCUUACAUAUCCUGGAAAAUAUUUGAAGCGAAAUAACUAAAAAUGAACUCUCGAUCAUCCCUUUUUCUUUUAAAGCCAAAAAUCUCGCAGUCAAAAAUCUCACAGAAUUUAACCAUUUGGCUGCUACAUCUUUAAUACACCACAUCUAUGAGCAUAAACAUUUAAAUUAUCAUCAUCGAGAACCCUAAGAAAAGCAGAUUACUCUCAAUUUCAGUGGCAUAUUUCCGUUAACUUCAAACUAGUAUAUGCAUUUAUCUUUAGAAUCGACUGUGAUAGCCUAAACUUCAGAGAGAUUUUCAAUAAUUUAAUUUGAUUUAAACCUAUCAAGGAAUUUGUCAGUGUUGGUUUCUGUAAUUUGUAAUAGUUAUUCAGUAUUUGCUGAGCGCUCUGGACUUUCCCCUGAGUCUUUCACGUUAUGCUAAGCUGCUUGCACCGCUGUAUCUGUUAAUUUAAAAGUUAAGUUCGUUUCAAAUAACAAAAAAAGCGAAAAUCCUUCUCUCGACUACGCUCUAAAUUUAUUCGUAUUUCUGUAAAGCAUUUUAUCAUAAAAAUUAUUUGUUCUCUUAAUUACUAGUAAACUUUAGUGGACAAUUUAGGACAAUAGAAACCUGGAACCGGGUUGGUUUUUUAGAAACUUUAGCUAGCACGAGCAAAGAAGGUGACAUUUAGGUUUCUACCGGAGAUCCUACCAAAAUGAUUAGUGUGAAGCAAAACUCUGUAAGCCUCGAGACUUCAAUUUUAUUAACAAUACAGGUUUUUAAGUUGGUGUCCACAUUGUUUAUUUUUACGUCUAAAAAGGGCAAUGUAUUCAGACGCCAACACACCACCGUCAGCCAGCACUACUAGAAUUGAAGCCAUCGCAACGUAUUCAGAACCGGCACAAGACGCUUUGGUGAGUGUCAAACUUUCCCCUUCCAGGUCACUGGAAAAUGAUGGAAACCUUUAUUUUCAAAGUUAAGCACUUUAGAUGCGAUUAACACUGGCUUUCAAUCAUUGCUUUUUCAUAGUCAACUCCUGUUAUAGUUAAAGGCAAUCGGUCUCGUUGUCAUGCUAACGAGAGCAAUAGCUGGAACAAUAGCCAAAACACGAUUCCAGCGCUCCGCCAUAUUUUUUACAAUGCGAUAAAUUAAAGGGGGACUGGAAACAAUAGAAAUCCCUUUGUUCUUAUAACCAAUCAACGUCAUGACAGAUUGCCUUUAAGUGGAAAUGCCGUUCUUAUAUGCAUUCUAUCAAUUCAAUUUGUAUUAUCAUCUGCACAAUUGCACAGGAGAAAGGAACCAAA